AUGAUUUUUAGUUCUUGGAAUAUUAGGGGAUUGAAGGGGGUUGGUAAACUAAGUAUGAUUAAGAAUUUUCGGAGAAAGUUUAAUGUGCAUAUGCUAGGCUUGAUAGAGACUAAGACAGAGAUGGUGACAAAUUUUGAUAUAGCGCAACUGUGGGGAAAUGGCGCAGUUAAAUGGGAGUUAGUUGGUUCGGUUGGUGCUGCGGGGGGACUGUUAUUAAUGUGGGACGACAUGGUAUUUCGGAUGAACAACUGUUAUAAAGGGGCUCGCUGGAUAUGCUUGGAAGGUGUGCUGCUAAAAACUAACUUUUCCUGUGCUUUCUGUCUAGUUUAUGGGCCACAUGAAAGGGCAGAAAAACUCAUUUUGUGGGAAGAGUUGAGCUUCCUAUCUGGGUUAUGCCAAGUACCGUUCUGUUAUAUGGGGGAUUUUAACGAGGUAACUCAUGUAGAAGAGAGAAAGGGUGCUACCUCUUUAACAGUGUCCGCAGAAGAGUUUAAAUCGUGGAUACAGGAUAUAGAGUUAGUGAACUUGGCAAUAACUGAUCGCUUAUUCACCUGGUUCAGAGGGCAAUCAUGUAGCCGCAUUGAUAGGGGACUGGUUAGUUUAGAGUGGCUAGAAGAGUUUCCUGAUACAAGACUGAGAGGGAGACCUAGAGGGUUAUCAGACCAUUGCCCAAUGAUCUUGGAGGUUACCCGGAUUAGCAGGGGACCAAGACCGUUUCGGAGCUUGGAUUCGUGGUUUACCCAUGAUGGGUUCUUGAGAAUGGUGAAGGAGGAGUGGAGGAACUUGGGGGAGGGACAGUUCAUUGAUAAACUAAAGGCUCUGACGACUCCACUGAGCAGAUG